CGCGUGGACACCUCUCGCGGGGUCCUCGAUCAGCUGUGCCGUUUGCGCGGGAAACCUGGAUUUCGUUGCGUACAUUCGGACCAAAGCUGGUCUCACUGCGCACACCUUCAGCUAUUGCGAGUCCGCACCUGGGACAAUUAAGCGUCUACAUCUGUAUCGAGUCAGGUGGAACGAUUAAGAGCCACCUGGAACAAAAAGGCUACUCGGGUCGCGAUGUCCGGCGACCUGACCGUGCAAGACCGCGGGGACGCCUCCACGCAGAGCCCCGGGCGAGAGCCGAGCGACGCUGUGGAGCUGAGAGAGGAGCUGCAGCUGUACGUCGAACGGGCCACGGAGAAGCUCGUGGAGCUCUUGUCCCUGACGGAAGCUGCCGCUCAAGGGGUGCAGAGCCUCUCGGAGCAGUGCUCACAGAAUGCUCGCUUUAUUCGCGCUUGGGUUCUGUUCAUCCGCAGCGGCCGCGGCAUCCAGGGGCCCACGGUGCCCAACCCCAUGGUGUUGGAAGAGGAGAUGGAAGAGGAGGGGGACCCAGCACAAUAAAUACAAGAACACCCAUGUGCUUUACACAUUUGGUUUUCGUGCCAUUCUUAUCGCACCACAAAAGCUGUCAUGAAGGUGUUUUAUUUCACAUAGUCUGCAGUAGUUUUGCAGUUGCGCGCAAUGUUGCUUUGUGUUUUCCAAUUUUAAUUAUUUGUAAGCAAAUUUGGACCAGUGAUGCUGGCACUCAUGGCCAUGUAUUGUCACAGGAUAUGUAAUAUCCACUGUGAAGCAGAUGGUGUGUAUUUACACCCGCAGUAUUAAUUUAGGCGGCCAUGGGGCUCAGACUGUGAACAUCUGCAACAAGCGGUAAAACACGCUAUUGCUAGGCCAUGUCUUUUUCAAUUGCUUUGGAGUAUUAUGGGUGAAAGUACCGGUAUAUAUAUAAACAGAAUUGCGUUCUUUACAUAUAAAAUGUAUUCAUCCAUCGGACUUGGAUUUUCAAACCCAUAUCCAGCAGCGUUUGUUUACGUUUUGACAUCCUUGGUCUUGGCAAUAGGCUUGUUAAACAUGCUGAUGUGUUUCGGGCAGCAAGAAAUGUCUUCCCCAUAUUCAGCAGCGCUUAAAGCAGGGUCACAAUUAGCCUGCCUUUACUCAUUUACCCAUGUUCUUUGUUCAGAUGCAAAUUAAGUCGUUACACAUUGCAGAAGCUACAUGCCAUAAAGAAUACUCAUUCCAAAUAGGUUAUAGAGAUUGUGCAUGAAUGUGAGGACAUGCGUGAUGUAAAUAACAUAGGUGCUCGCUAUCCGCACUUGCCCCAACAGUCUGUUAAGGCUAUAUGGAGAAUUUUUGAUGUAAAUAAUCUUUAAAUUAAGAGCUCCGAUUGGUUUAUACCAACCACCAAGCACAUGCAGCAUUGAACGUUUGUAUUUAGAGGAGUUUAGUAAACAUGUUAAGGUAACGUUUGUAUUGAGAGAUUGGUAACUGGAAAGGUGGCUUGUGGUAGUUUGGGAAGAACUGGAGUCUGGGAAACACUGACUUAAAUGAUGUCCAGUUAUUUGUAAUCGCAGCAACAAAUAUAAAUGAGUGCAGUUUGCUAUGUUCAUAUGCUAUUGGAAUGCCUUCAUUUUCUCAUAGUCUGUCUUAAUAGUCCGGAAUUCCCUUCCGUCAGCUACCUGUGGCGUUGACUCCCUGUGCCUGUUAAGUCAGGGCUCAAGGCUUUUCUAUUCAUCUCCACCUAAAAGUGCCCACUUAAUUUCUCUCUCUAAAUAAAUAUGCCAACUUUCUUUCUGCACAGCGUCUUCUUGAUAUUUGUGGUCACGUUUAAAUGCUUGCUGUAUAUGAAUACUUUUCCAAUUGAAGGUGAGCGUUUUAAAAUGUUUUCAAAUAUGUACGCAGUAAUUAUGCUGUUGGUCCUAACAUUUGUACACGGGGAAGUUGAAUUAAAAGGUCAAGAUUCAGUGGAGUCGUUGACCAAUCUUUGGUUCCAAGCACAUUUAAAACCUUAAUUUAGAGUUAUAUAUACAGUGACGAGUUAUUCACACUUAUUUAACGGUUCCUGGCGAUGUUGAAAAAUGCAUUUGUAAGUACCGUUUUUGGCAUUGUUAAUUAAACACAAUCAGCUUGA